AUGAGCCAGAAAUCUUUGCAAUAUGAAUCAUCGAGUGCUAUUAAGGAGUUAUUAGAUAAUAUGAACGAAUGUUUAAGCGCGCUACAGAACAUAGGCGUUGACAUUAGUAAUUGGGAUAUUAUUGUAAUUUACAUAUUGAUUCAAAGGCUUGAUCCUGAGUCCAGAAAGCAAUGGGAAUUAAAGUCAAAUGAAACUGAAGGAUUGCCCACUUUGUCUGCUUUUAGGGAGUUCCUAGAACAUAAAUUUAGGUCAUUAGAAUUUUUGGAUACUAAGCAUAUUAUAUCUAAGGCUCCUAAUGUAAGAAAGGGAAUUAAUGUCGCCCAACUUGAAAGUUCAAAUAAUGCUAGUUUUAAUAAUACUAAUUUAAACUGUCAAUUUUGUAAGGCUAAUCAUAAAUUAAUAAAAUGUAAAGAUUUUGCUAAGGCUGAUUAUGAAACACGACAUAGCUUUAUCCAGACCAGUCGUUUGUGUUUUAACUGUUUUGGCUUGAAUCAUUCCGUUUACUCAUGCCGCUUAUCCACUAGAUGUAGAGUGUGUAGACGGAAGCAUCAUUCUUUGCUCCACCCCCCAAAUGUAAUGCAGGGAACGGAGAAUGCCGAAUCUAAGGAUAAAGGUGUAGUAGUUUCUUCAGCAACCACUUCACAAGGUGAGACUAUAACUAAAUUAGAUAACUAUUUUUCAAAUAGUUAUAGCCAAGUCCUCUUGGCUACAGCUCUUGUUGAAGUAGAGUCAAGAACAGGUAGUAUUGGUUUAGUCUAUAGAUGUUUGUUGGAUCAAGGCUCUCAGGCUUCGUUGAUCACGGAGUCUGCUGUCCAAGCCCUUGGACUGAAGAAAAUUCCCAACAAGGUCCAUAUUUCCGGAAUCGGAGGAGGAAAUGAAUCUUUAGCUUCUAUGUCGGUAGUUGAAAUGAAGCUAAGGUCAAUUCAUAAUCCUCAAUUCACUUUGGUCGUUAAAGCCCAUGUGCUUAGCAAACUGACAUCUUUUCUUCCCUCAAAGAAAAUAGUGUUGAGUUGGAUGAAGAAUUAUUUACAAGAUUCUCAACACUUCGAAAACUCAUUAGAACUGUGGCUUAUU